AUGGUCCUGGCUCGCCUGUGGCGCUCAGCGGGGCCGGGGGGAUGCCGUGCGCUGCUGCUGGCAGGGCUCCUGCUGCUGCUCCUCCGGCAGGUGGCCAAGCAACUCAGUGCUGUGGGGCUGGGGCUGGGCCUGGCCGUGCAGCAUCGGGGGCCCCCUCACCCGCCCCCUCUCUCCCGCCGCAGGGAGGUGGGUAGAACCAGCCGCACCGAGCCGCUGCGGGGGGAGACCUCUGGCCGCCCGCCCCCCAACGUGGUGUUCGUGAAGACUCACAAGACAGGCAGCAGCACCCUACAGAAUAUCCUCUUCCGCCUGGGUGAGCGGCACCACCUCACCGUCGCCUUCCCCCACUACACUUACCAGUUUGCCUACCCCCAGCCCUUCGCCGCCACGUUCGUGGAGCCGCUGCCGCCGGGCGCCGCCCGCUACAACCUGCUGCUCAGCCACCUGCGGCUAGCAGCCGGCGAGCUGCGCCGGGUCAUGCCCCCGGACAGCCUCUACCUCACCAUCCUGCGCGACCCUGUCCGCACCUUCCCUUCCGUCUUCGCCUACUACCGCAGCACCGUGCCUGCCUUCCAGGCCCUCGCCAACCACCCCCAGCCCCUGGCCGCCUUCCUGCAGGCCCCGGCGCGGUACUACGACCCAGCCGACGCGGGCAACGGGCUGGCCAGGAACCCCAUGGCCUUUGACCUGGGGCUGGAGGCCGGUGGGGAGGAAGGGGGCAGCCAGUGGGACCGGGAGUUGGAGCGGCUCAACCGGACCUUCCAGCUGGUGCUCAUCGCCGAGCACUUCGACGAGUCCCUGCUGCUGGCACGGGAGCUGCUGGGGCUGCACCUGGAGGAGCUGGCUUACGUGCGGCUCAACGCCCGCCGGGGGGGCGGGGACGAGGCCUUGGCCCCGGGGCUGGCGUGGCGGAUCCGGGCGUGGAACUGGCUGGACGUGCGGCUGUACCGGUACUUCCAGGCCGUGCUGUGGCACCGGGUGGAGCUCUACGGCUACACGCGCAUGAAGGGCGAGCUGGAGGCCCUGCGCGCGCUGCUGCGGGAGACCCGGGAGACCUGCCUGGCCGGAGAGGCCGUGGGGCCGGAGGAGACGGCCGACGAGCUGCGGCCCUGGCAGCCCGACACCGCCGCCAUCCUGGGCUACAACCUGCGGCCCGGCCUCCCCCCGGCCCAGCACGCCAGCUGCUACCGCCUGGUGCUGCCGGAGCUGCAGUAUCACGCCCGCCUUUACUACCAGCAAUACGGCAGGGAGAUGUGCGCCCUGCCGUGUGACUAGUAGGGGACAGGCCAGGGGGAGCCCCAGGGCCCAGAGCAGGAGGCAGGACAGCUGGGGCUGCCUCGCUGCUGUGUCACUGCCCCAUCCCUGCUCCUGGCCUGACACCCCCCCUUUGCCUAGCUAGACUGAGCCCUUCAGGCCAGCCCUCCAGGGGACGGGGACCAUGAGAUUAGUGGGUGCAGCGCCCAGCCCUACCUCCCUCCCCUGAGCACCCGGGGGCCCUGCUCUUAGCCACUGCCGUAGCUCACCCUGGAGAAGCUGGGAGCAGCCCUGCCACGCCCUGUGUCACAGGCAGGCCCCAGGUUUCGCCUUCCCGCAGGACCGUACAUGGGAGGCCCAAGGGGCACCAGACUUCGGCAGGUUGAGCUGCCCCCCCCCAACUCUGUCCUGAGCUGGGGGCACCCACCCUAAAUAAACCAGGUCCAUUCGAAAGCAGCAGCUGAGGCUGAUGUUCUGACACUGCUGCAGGAAGACCCUGCUCCGUUGGGCUGCCCCAGGCUGGGGGGGGAAGGGUCAGCUGCCCUGAGGGGUGCUGAUGAGGGGAGUGGGGAGAGCCUGCCCCCCACACCCCCCUACUACACUGGGCAAACAUGGCUGGUUCCAUUCCCAUGCUAAAGCCCUCUCAGCCUGCCGCCACUCUGUAAGCCAUGGGGCCCCUGACUCCAGCUUUCUGCUGUGCUGGAUUAGA